GUUCGGCAGCCGGUGUGUUUUCGGCAGCAUGAGUACAUGUGAGAAGUUAUUUCACUGCCAUCAUCUGUGAAUUAUAACGUUUUUUAUUUGUUUACACGCUGUUUGCUGUUUAUAAUGCACGAAAGACAUCUGCCAGCCUCUCCGAACUGGUACUGUUCCCGCUGCAGUGACAUAAAUAGCAAGGGGGUGUUUGGUUUUGGAGCAAAGAAUACAGUGUAUCUUCUGAACGUGACUGCAGCAUCUCCAGCAGUCACAGGUGAACUCGCCGGACACACUGAAAGAGUUUCUGGGUUUGCGUUUUGCCCCAAUGAAGGACAGGAGCACGUUUGUUGCAGCACUUCAGAUGACAAGAAAGUCAAAAUCUGGGACGCUGAGCAGAAAACUCUGUUGAAAGAGCACAAUGUCCACCAAAACACCAUCACCGCUGUCCACUGGUCUCCAGUACAGAAGCUUCUGCUGGUCACCGGAGAUGAGAAAGGCAUCGUGGUUUGCUAUUGGUUCAGCAGUAACGACACCCAGAGCUUCUUUCCUGAACCUCGAACAAUCUUCUGCUUAUCCUGCUCUCCACACGAUGAAAACCUCAUCGCAGUGGGGUAUAAAGAUGGAAUGAUAGCAGUGAUCGACAUCAGUAAGAAAGGAGAGGUGGUUCACAGGCUGAGAGGUCAUGAUGAUGAGAUUCACGCACUGGCAUGGUGUCCUCGACCAAGAGAAGAGCCUCUUUAUGGGCGAUCUGAAGACAAUGCAGAUGGAAGCAGUGGGGUGACAGAAGGAGCAGAAGUGGGCUGUUACUUGGCCUCAGGUAGUCGAGAUCAGACCAUGCGGAUAUGGAGCACAGCCAGAGGAAAAGGUGUAAUGACCCUGAAACUGCCCUUCCUGAAAAGAAGAGGAGCAGGAGUUGAUCCGACAGUGAAGGAAAGACUCUGGCUGACCGUGCACUGGCCGAAAGAGAGAUCUUCACAGAUUGUAUCCAGCUGUUUUGGUGGUGAAAUCGUAGUGUGGGAUCUCAUGAAGUCAGGCAAGCAGAAGUGGAGUCUGCUGGGCAGUUCUUCAGAUGGACAGAAUCACAGCCGGAUCGUCUUCAACAUGAGCUCUUUUCGCUCCGGAGACCGAGAACUUCUGCUCAGCACCUCCAUGGACAGAGAGAUUAAGUGUUGGGACCUGGCGUCUCUGGAGUGUUGUUGGACUCUCCCCACUCUGGGUGGGUUUGUGUACUGUCUCAGCUUUUCUCCAGUGGGCACAGGCUGUCUGGCUCUAGGUGUCGGUGAUAGUAUGAUCCGCGUGUGGAACACCUUGUCUAUUCAGAACCAGUAUGACAUCAAGACAUUCUGGCAAGGCAUCAAAUCUAAAGUCACAGCUUUGGCAUGGCAUCCACUAAAAGAAGGCUCACUGGCUUUUGGUACUGAUGAUGGUAAAGUUGGCAUCUAUGAGGUUUACUCUAACAAACCUCCUCAAAUCUCAAGCACUUACCACCGCAGGACUGUCUAUUCCCUUUCAUGGGGUCCUCCUGUGCCGCCUAUGUCUUUUGGUGGAGCAGGAGACAAACCGGCCUACAGUUUGUACAGUUGUGCUGGAGAAGGAGUUAUUUUUCAGCACGACCCCUGGAAACUGUCUGGGGAGGCCAGUAACAUUGACAAACUCAUCCGAGACACCAACAACAUCAAACAUAAGAUGCCCCCACACACAGACCUCAGCUGGAAGCCAGACGGCAGCAUUUUGGCCAUUGGAAAUGAAGAUGGGUCCAUAGAGGUAUUGAAGGCUCCAAUGCUGAAGCUCUUAUGUACGGUGCAGCAGCAUCAUAAGAUUAUUAAUUCACUGCGCUGGCACCAUCAGCACUCAUCUCAGAAUGAGCUGCAGUAUCUGCUGGCAUCAGGCUCCAGUAACGCCAUAAUCUACAUCCAUGAUCUCAGAAGUGCCAUAGAAAACCCAUCAGAAAGUCUAGUUUCGGUGACUGAACCUUUCAGGACUCUCUCUGGUCACACCAACAAAAUCACCGGUUUAGCCUGGAGCCCCCAUCAUGAUGGCCGUCUGGUGACAGUUUGUUAUGAUGGAACCGCUCAGGUGUGGGAUGUGCUGAAAGAGGAGCCGGUGUGUAACUACAGGGGUCACUCUGGUCGUCUGCUGUGUGUUCAGUGGUCUGCUGUUCACCCUGACCUGAUCUGGACCGGCGGAGAUGACUUCACCCUUCAGGAAUGGGACGUUUCCAAGCAGGAACACAUCACACCUCCCAAGAGUAAGAAACGCACGGAGAUGGAGAAAAAGCGAGCGCCGCAGAAAAAGCCCAAGAAGAAAAAGAAGGUGCCAGGAAAGGGUGGGAUGAAGGCGGAGGAAAGUGAAAUGCCUUUAGGUGACGAAGUGAAAGGAGCAGCAGGCAGCGGAGCAGAAGAAGGCCAAUCGGACAAUGAGGAGGAGGAAGAAGAGAAAGAAAACACAGACGCUCCAUCCGUCACGGACAGGUCCAGAGACAGCAGUGUGGACACACGUGCCAGCGAUAGACUGCACAACGGAGAGAAGUUCAGCCAUGCUGUUAAAAGAGAGGUCAAAGAGGAGAAGAAAAGAGACAAAAUAGAUUUGUCUUUAAAAAAGAGGAAGCCGCGCUCUAUUCUGCCUCUCAGCACUUCGAUGGAUCACCGACCCAAAGAUGAGCUCCAGCAGGACUGCCUGACUCUCGCUGCUGUGAGACACUCUCACGGGCGAAGCGGGACUUGUGUUCCAGGAGCUGGAGAUCACAUUCAGCUCGGCCUCUUCACAGACAGAGAUGCUCUCUACAGGAUGAUGCAGGAGGAGGAGGAGAGUCACGUGGAAGCUGCUCAUUAUGACUCGGUGCUGUAUCUGAGACUGUGGAGAGGAGACCUGAUUGGAGCCCUAAAUCUGGCCAUGGAGAAAGGAGAACUGACCGAUCAUCUGCUCGGUUUAGCUCCAAUGGCGGGUUACCAGGUUUGGUUGAGGACUGUUGAGGCGUACGUCAAGCAGCUCUGCCAUCAUGAGCAGUUCCUCAAAGCAGCUUCACAUCUUUUGUCCAUCCACAAACUCUACGAGGCCAUCAGUCUCCUUAAGAGCCACCAGUUCUACCGGGAGGCCAUUGCUUUAGCCAGAGCCAGACUCCAGCCGGACGAUCCAGUGCUAAAAGAUUUGUACAUGAGCUGGGCUGCGGUGCUAGAGAAGGACGGACACUACGCCACUGCUGCUAAAUGUUACCUGGCCACAGACUCCAGCUUUGAUGCAGCUAAAGUGAUUGGGAAGAAAGGGGAUGUGACAUCACUGAAGACGGCGGCUCACCUGGCACAAAUAACAGGAGAAACAGAGCUGGCACACUCCCUCUCUCUGAGGUGCGCCAAAGACAUGAUCGCCACCCAGGACUGGACCGCAGCACAGGACGUCCUGAGGACACAAGACUCACUUUUGGGUCACCGGCUGGUGUUCAGUGUGAAUGAGAUUCUCACUCAGAGACUGGCGGACACAGAUGUGGUCAGCUGGAGUUCGUCAUCUUCCCACUGGUGGUCUUCGUCGCGCGAGGAGGUCUUCUUCUCGGCGGUGUUCAGAGUGUGGCAGAGAGAGUUUGGAGUGGAUCCUGCUGACGUUCACAAACUGAAGACUCUCCAUCAACAGCUGAAAGCCAUCGAAAAUCCUCCGCUUACCACUACUGGACCCGUCAAACAAUUGUUAUCUCACAUCUCAUUGGACGUGACGCUGUGUGCCCUGAGUGAGCUGUUGUGUGAUUGGUCGUCUGUUGUCGAGCAGUUGUUGCGGGCUCUGAGUCGAGCUUCAGAAGCGGGAAACUUCACACUGAUGGCAGAGCUGAGCCUGCUGCUGUUUCCACAUGGUUUGGAGUCCGUGGCGCUUUACAAACAGAAACUAGACCCAUCUGACGAGAGAAGCUUGGCGAUUUCUCAAAGCAUUGAGGCUUUCGUCUGUUAUCCGUUCAUGUAUGAGAAAUGCAGCAACGGUCACCAUUUAACUCUGAACGACGGCGAUGAAGAGAAGCGUAACGGAGAAGCUCAAUCUGAUGGCUUCUGGAAGAUUCUUCUCUCUGAAGCUCACGCUGAUCUGCAGGCCAACCAGAGAGCCGUAGCGGAGAUUCAGAAGAGAGUCAGCAGCCUGAUUCAGCAGCACAGCAGGUGUAAAGACCCAGAGACAUCUCUGGAGGGAUCUGCUGGAGAAACGGGCAGCGAGUCUCUCUCUGUGCUGACCGCACAAGUUGCUGAACACCAUAAAGCUCUCGCUGCCGUCCCGGAACACAUCAGGAAACACCCUUUUCCGGAUGUGAUGGAAUGUUGUAUUGUUCUUCUGCACAUGGAAAAAACACUUUAAUCUGCUUCCACAAACACAUCUGCUCUGAAGCCACAGCUUUAUUGCGCAAAUAUGGAACUGCAGAGUCUCUUAGUAAAGCUGUGAGGAGACUCAUACACUGACACCUACUGGCUAAUUAGCACUUCCUGUUUUUGAUAUGCAGAUAUGUACUAUUCACUUUUGACUAAUGUAUGAAUUAAAUAAAAACAUUCUCCCACAAUUUACUUGUUACAAAAAGC